UAUCAAAUACUAACCUACAAUGUAUUGAGUUUCUUGUGAUGACCUUAAAAAAACGAAUCUAUUAAUAUUGGCGAAUGUAUGGCAGGGCUAUUUUUAAAAUUGACUUGAGAUGAUCCAAGAUUCCAAAUCUUGGAAUGAGACGACCUAUUAUUAUGAUAUAAUCCAAAUUCCAGUGAAUACAUUUUGUCAGGGUUUGAACUCGCUCGUUGCGAGCAUAGAAGAGUAUAUCGUAAACACAGUGGAGCACCUCAUUCUCGCCUGCGUCUUGUACGUGGCGUUAUGUAUUCUGUUAUAUUUGGCCGCUACCCGAUGGAAGCUGUUUACAUUUACAAGAGAUAUGCGGAACGCUCGAAGAAUACUGUUCGUAACCGCCCAUCCAGAUGACGAAGUUAUGUUCUUCGGACCGACUCUUAUGCAUUACGCUCAGAAGCAAAAUUGUACAGUGUAUUUGUUGUGUUUAUCUUCCGGCAAAAAUUAUGGUAUGGACAAAAUCCGUACCAACGAACUUUUUGAGUCUUGUAAGUUGUUAGGUAUGGAACAAGAAAAUGUGUUUGUAUAUAAUAAUACUAACUUACCUGAUUCAAUGGACGUGAGAUGGCCGCUGGAGCUUGUGUCAAAACAUAUUUUAUACUAUGUAGAGGCAUUCGAUAUCACGAAUUUGGUAACCUUCGACAGAUACGGAAUUUCAGGGCACCCGAAUCAUUGUAGCAUAUACUACGCGGUUGCAAACUUAGUGAUAGAUCGGCAGCUACCAAAGAAUUGCGGAGUUUUCGUUUUGGAAUCUGUGAAUAUUUUCAGAAAAUAUUGGCUGGUUUUGGACUUACCAUUGUCAUUAAUUUUGUCAAGGUUCAGGUACAUGAAGGGUUUUUCUCAAAGAAAAGUCAUUCACAGAGCGAUGAGGAAGCACAAGUCGCAGAUGGUCUGGUUCCGUCGGUUGUACAUGUGCGUUUCGAGGUACAUGUUGAUAAAUACCUUGCAACAGAUGAAUCUAGUUGACAUUGAACUAGAUUUGGAGCUGGAGGACUAAUCCUCAACUUUUUUUGUAUAUAAUAAGCAAUGGUGUAUUGACUUUUUUCCAAAAUUCAUGGUGUAUGUAUGUACAUAAUCGUUUUUUCUUUUUUGUACAGGUUUUUUUUUAAUUUUUUGCUUUCCCAAAAGGAUUAUUAACCUUUUUAUUUGAUAUUGCUCUAUUGUAUAAAGCAGAAUGGAAGAUAUUUAUUUCUUUACCAUAAGCUGGUUAUUUUCAUUCGCUUGGGUAGUCUACCUCUGCAUAUUUUAUGCUAAUAUCGUGCCAAAGAAUUUCACAUUGUUGAGUUUUGUUUGUGUAAAAAAAAACUGUCGGAAAAAUGGUAAAUACAUUUUUAUCAUGUA